UAACCCGACACCAUGUGCGACGAAGACGAGACCACCGCCCUCGUGUGCGACAACGGCUCCGGCCUGGUGAAGGCGGGCUUCGCGGGCGACGACGCGCCCCGCGCCGUGUUCCCGUCCAUCGUGGGCCGGCCGCGGCACCAGGGCGUCAUGGUGGGCAUGGGGCAGAAGGACUCCUACGUGGGCGACGAGGCCCAGAGCAAGAGGGGCAUCCUGACACUGAAGUACCCGAUCGAGCACGGCAUCAUCACCAACUGGGACGACAUGGAGAAGAUCUGGCACCACACCUUCUACAACGAGCUGCGAGUGGCGCCUGAGGAGCACCCGACGCUGCUCACCGAGGCCCCGCUGAACCCCAAGGCCAACCGCGAGAAGAUGACCCAGAUCAUGUUCGAGACCUUCAACGUGCCCGCCAUGUACGUGGCCAUCCAGGCCGUGCUGUCGCUGUACGCCUCGGGCCGCACCACAG